AUAUUCUCAUGUGGAAUGUACAUAAGGAAACUUCCAGAAAUAAUAAUUUUAUUAAAAAUGACACGUCUAGUUGCCUUAUGUACAAUUCUCUUAUUGUUGAACUCAACUUAGGCUUACUUCAUCGAUAAAGCACAUCGUCAGCAAGCUUAAGAAUUGAUAAACAAAUUUGUUAUCGGAUUCACAUAACAAUUUGAUGCCAUCUCCGCAGAAGGUCUGGAUCACAUAGGAAACAUGAAACUGGCAUUCGAUUAUUGGAUAACCAAGUUUAAAAUCCAUGGUUUCGAAAAGAUGAGUGUAAUUCCUUACAUCUAUUAGAAUAGUUGAAUUUUGAUGUAGAUCACGACGUCCUUGAAAUCAAUCUCCCCACAGUUAAUCUAGACAUCAUUGUUGAAGAUUCCUAUACCAUCCCUGUAAAAAUAGAGAAGUAAUUCGAAAUACUAUGAUUUAUAGUUUAACUGCGUCAAUAAUCUUUGACAUCGAUCCAACUCGUUUCAGAUGUUCAGGAGUUGAAUUUGAUUAUGAUAAUGUGUCCUUGGAUGUGAAUUUGAUUGUCCAAUAUUUUAGUAAAAUGUUAUUGUCCCUCGAUAUGGUGAAAAAUGCUAUCAAGACAGCUGAAUUACCCAUCAGAAAUGUUAUCGUUUAGACAAUCAGAGUAUAUUCAAUCAUCAUUAUUCUAGAGCAAUCACGAAAGACUUUAUCGUUUACUCUCUGACUUAAGGGCUGGUCACUUUGAUGCAGAUGCUCUCUUAGCUAAACUCCCAGAAGUUCAUCAUACUAGAAUUGAUCACAGAGAGUACCUCAUCAAUGUAAGAUCCAUUUUUGGAUACGAAUCCUAACGAGAAAAAGAGAAAAAAGCAGAUUUAUGAAAUAGAG